AUGGCGGUGCUGGAGAAAAACGACGACACCGGUGCUGAUUCUGUUCUUCCAGCAUCAGCGGGGAUGAAUUUUCUUUCACAAGAACGGAACACCUUAGAGUUCGACCGGAACUCUUUAUUAGAGCGGAAAAAGUUAUGGCCUUCCCUAGUUCAACAUCUUCGGAAGCAUCUCAGAGACGUUCGCAAGGGGAGAACGGUCUCAGGAUGGACGUCGGGAUGGAUGAGCAAAAGGGUGAGUUCUAAAAAUAACGUAUUUGCCUGUUGUAUUUUCAUCUUCCAGAAUCGAUUUGAUUUUCCCGAGAAAACAGAGAACGAACAGAUAUGUUCCUCACCUUCUCAUUGAGCCUGCGACAGAGGCAGCGCGGGG